AUGCAAAAGGAUCUGAUCCGGGAGAUCCGGGUCGAUCGGAUCAAGCAGGCCCAAGAGGAAGAAGUCUGGAUCGCCGGCAUGAAGAAGUAUCUGAGCAGCUUGAUCGCAGAUCUCACACAAGCGGAAGCAAGAUCGUAUGGCAAGAUCGCGGCCGACUACGAGGUAGAUGAGCAGGAUCUACUCUUUUACUGCCCCCCACGCCGAGAUCGGGAGAUGAUCGCGACCGAUUGA